UGCCAGUGAUCCGGUGCCAGGCACGACCUCUUCCUCGUCGAGGAUUCCACGCCGCCGCCGCUCUGUGGGGUGUGAAGUCUCAGGUACUGAAGGAUGUUGGCGAAGGUAAGAUAAUUUUGCCCAAAUGACCGUCUUUCCACAAUCUUUUGGUCAUGAUACAUAUAUAUACCCUUCCUUGUCAAUUGUUUACAUUACAUUUCCCACAGGGAUAACGGAGGUCCAAAUAAUUCAGUGGUAUGUCGAGGAGGGCGCAUACAUUGAAGAGUGGAAACCACUCUGUCAAUACCAGUCGGAUAAAGCCGUUGAUGAUAUCACCUCGAGAUACGAAGGCGUCGUCAAAAAGCUCCAUUUCCAAGCAGACGAUACGGUACCGACAGGAAAGGCGCUCUGCGAUAUAGAAGUUGAGAACGGGAAAUAUCCGGAUGAUAACCCGCCGCCUGUUCCAAAGACAGAACCGAUAGAACCAGCACCGGCCAGGUCUCCUCCUCUAGAAGCUCCGUCACCACAGCCUACACAAGCUACUACACCUGCACCAGUAAACGGCUUCACAAAUAACAAGCCGAGAUCACCUCAUGCGACAUUGGCUACCCCAGCGGUCCGUGGCAUGCUGAAGAUCCACAAUGUGAACAUUGAAGAUGUACAAGGGACAGGCAAGGAUGGGCGCGUCCUCAAGGAAGAUGUGCAGCGCUUCAUCGCCGAGCGAGACCAAGCACCUUCAACACAGCCCACUGCUCCGGGGAUGCAAGAAGAGACCGCGGUCAAAUUAACACCAAUUCAGAGUCAGAUGUUUAAGAACAUGACAAACUCCCUCAGCAUCCCGCAAUUCCUCUACGCUGACGAACUCAACGUUAAUAACGUCAUGGCUAUUAGAAAGAAGCUAGCUAACGACCCUAAAGACCCUCAAAAGAUCAGCCUCCUCUCCUUCGUCAUCAAAGCCAUGUCCCUGGCUUUGAACGACUACCCGCUUCUCAACGCAAAGAUCGAUACAACCGAUCCGGCCAAACCACAAUUGAUCAUGCGGGCAAAACACAACAUCGGCGUCGCCAUGGACACCCCUCAAGGCUUGUUAGUCCCCAAUAUCAAAGACGUCGCCGAUCGCUCCAUCCUAGAUAUUGCCGCGGAAAUCCUACGGUUGAACGCACUCGCGAAAGAAAGAAAGCUCACACCCGCCGACCUCAGCGGUGGCACAAUCACUGCCUCUAAUAUCGGAAACAUUGGAGGUACAUACGUCGCACCGGUAGUCAUACCGAACGAGAUGGCCAUCCUCGGCAUUGGCAAAUCCAGAACAGUACCCAUCUUUGAUGACGCUGGUCAGGUUACAAAAGGCGAGCUCGUAAAUUUCAGCUGGAGCGCCGACCAUCGCGUGGUGGACGGUGCCACGAUGGCCCGGAUGGCUAAUCGCGUCCGGGAACUCGUCGAGUCACCGGAGCAGAUGCUGUUGAACUUGCGAUAGCUUAUACAUAGAGUUAACCCCCUGUCUGAUACCUGCAUCUGCGGUAGUGAUUAGCGCCGGCUCAAUGCCACAUAGCAUAGAUGACUGCAAAUGAAAACAUGUAUUUUCGCCCUGCUCGGCUUUGAGCAAGCUGGGUUGUCAGCCAUUGAUGUCCAU